AUGAUUACCUCAGAAAAGCGACAGGAAGGCCGCGAAAAGGGCGCAAAGCAGCGAAAGCAGCGAAAGUCUCAAGGCCGCGAAAACGACGCAAUUGACGAAGGCCGCGCCCGCAGCCGCCUCGAGCCGCAAUUUGAAGUUAUCGAAGACCCUGCCGAUCGCGAAAUAACCGUACGAUUCGAUACCCUCUACGACCCAUUCGAAACUCCAUUCGAGACUCCAUCGCGGGCUCCGCGGUCGCGUACCUCAUUACCCUCGCAGCGACGACAAAACACAACUGCGCCCUUGCCCCUCGAGCCUCACGAGGCAAAUAUACACUUCUCGAUUGAGCCUCGGUUUCUUGGCGUAGCGUCAGUGCCGAUCGUCCGCCCUUUUCAAGUCGUAUGGCGGCUGAAGACGUCGUUGGCUGGCAAUAUCAUAGCCAUGCGGUGGGAUAAGCAAUUGUUGAAGGAGACAAGGGAUCGUAUUCGAAGCCAUCUUCAAGGGCAAUACCACUUGACGAAGAGAUGGAUAUCGAUUGAGUUUGGCGAAAAGAAGGCAACUGCAAAGACGUCAGUUACGUACUUUCGCAACGACUUUAGCGCUGUGGAUGGCAAAUAG